AUGGCUUUGUUAUUGAGGUGUGUUGGGCGACAGCAGUGCCUGUUCCAGCAGCCACUCUCCCUCAUUAAAAUGAGGGUCCCAGUUGUUACGGCUUCUACUUCUGAAAGAUCAUACGAUGACAUGCGUAAAUUCUGGGAUAAAAACAAACGAUUAGAAAGACCACUCUCUCCACACCUUACAAUUUACAGGCCUCAGCUGACCUCUAUACUUUCUCUGGCCCAUCGAGCAACUGGCAUUGCCAUGUCUGCAACUGUGACGGCUUUGGCAAUUGCAUUUUUGGGAUUACCACAUGACUUUACUCAUUAUGCAAACUUCAUCCAGGAUAUGAACCUGCCUCCUUAUGUGAUUAAUGGGGCUAAAUAUAUGGCUGUUUUCCCCUUUAUAUAUCACACAGCCAAUGGUAUCAGACACUUGGCCUGGGACUGGGCAACUGGCUUCAAAUUGAAUACCCUCUACAAGACAGGCUACCUGUGUGUUGGCACAUCAGUGCUUCUUACAGUUCUUAUUGUACACCUAUGUUAA